GCGUUGCAAAAAUUUUGGUGGCAAAGUGGGAUGGAAGGCAAGUCGAUGAGCAUCACCGUAAUGGUCGCUCAGCCUUCCCUUAAUAGGGAAAAACCAUGAUAAAAACAAAACCCCCAUGCUCUAAAAUCCCUUUCUUCCAAUCGCCAUCUUUUAAACGUCUAUCAAUCUAUCCAAUCCAAUUCCCAUGAAGAUAUAUUCAUGGGUGGAUUUCUAUCCUAUCUUAGGAUGAAGUAGAAGAUGAAGGGAAGGGAAGGGAUUUGAUGUAGGCAACAUACAAUUAAAGAGGAGAAGUAUCCUUGGAUCUGUAACAACCCUGAAAAGGUUUGUGCCAAUCCAAGGUGAAAAUGGGAAUGGAGAAUCGGUAUAGGAGUGAAGAUGAACCUUUAGGAAAGCCCUAUAGGAGUAAGCACAAUAAUGUUCAUGAUCAGCUUCUUGAAUGCACAACUUCUGGUUCCUCCUCUUCUUUAUCCUCACCUGUAGAAUCCCCCUCCUCUUCCUCUUCUUCUUCUUCUUCUUCCCCCCCUUGUUGCUAUGAUGAUGAACCUGACAGCCCGGAACCACAGUCACCUAUCCCUGUAUCCUAUCCAGAUAUUUCAACUAGUCCACAUAAAUGGGCCAUGAUACCCAUAGGCCAGCCUUCGGGCUACGAUCCCAAUCGAAUUCCAUUCUCUGUAUUCGGCAGCAGGUCUAGUGCACCCAUGGAAUGGAGCGUUACAUCGACUGAGUCGUUAUUCAGCAUUCACAUGGGUAACAAUAAUAGCUUUUCUAGAGACCGCGCAAUGUCAAUGAACAGGUCUGAGGAUGGGAGUUGUGAGGACAAACGUUGCAAUAACGUUCGCAAGAGCUUCUCCUCCACCCUUGCUCCCGUGAUCGAAGGGGCACCGGAUAGUGAAGAGAAGAGCGAGCUUGCGUCCGAGGCAUUGCAAGUGCAAAAAUCCAAUGAUGGAAGCUCAGAAGGGAUUAGUAAAAUUGCUGCGUCCAAUGAAGUCCACUCUUUUGCUAUGAAAUCUAACUCAUCAGAUGGUAGAGGAACUUCUCCUGCUUCAGAUCCUCAUCAUCUAUCCGAUGAUAGUGGUACCAGCAGCAGCAGUUCCUUCGCUUUCCCAGUGCUGGUAAAUGAUAGUCGGAAUGGUUCAUCGUUGAAAUCAGUGCCCGAGAAACCAGAAUCCGAACAGAAGCCACAUCCGGAGGAGGAUUCAAGCUCAAAAGAAGAAGAGUCCGCUGUUGGGGUUGGUUGGUUUUCAUACUUGUUCUGUUUGCGACGCUGCUGCUGAUAUAGGGCUCUUGGAAUCAUUCGGGAAGAAAUGAUUCAAAACGACGCCUUUGGUUGCGGUGGCUAGAUAUUUUAGGGAGUCAGGGGGGGUGUCUGUCUUCAAUCUUUGUGGUGAAACUGUGCAUUCUUUGUACAUGUUAUAUCCAUUUCAACCAGGGCACUUGGUUUAGGGGAUAUAUAUAUUAUGAUAGAUACCCAAGAAGGGUUAGUUUUACCAUAAAAAGACAUGCUCAUUGCAACUAUGAUGAGUGUGGAUUGCAACUGUAAUGAAUGUUCAUCCAAGUAUGAAUACAGAUUAUCAGUUGCCUUUCAAA